AUGGACGCCGAGUUCCCUGCCUUGGAGCCCCCGCUGUGCGGCGAGCUCAAGCACCUGUGCCGGCGGCUGCAGGAGGCGUACCGGGAGCUACAGGAGGACCUCGCGCCGCUGCGCGAUGACCGCUGCUACUACAGGCUGGCCCCCAUGCGGCUGUACACGCUCUCCAAGCGCCACUUUGUCCUCGUGUUCGUCGUCUUCUUCGUCUGUUUUGGCCUGACCGUGUUCAUCGGGAUCAAAGGGCCCACAGUGAUCCAGACUUCAGAAGUUUAUGUUCCACAAAAUACGAGCGAACAGCUGAAGGCAAUUGAAGUGCAUUCGAACCCACUGUCUGCAUACAAUCAGCAGCUGUGGCUGACCUGUGUUGUUGAGUUGAACCAGUCACAAGAAACGUCUAUUGCGACAAACUUUUCCAUGACUGUCAAAGUCGAUGGUGUGGCUGAAGAUGGAACCACCAAGUUCAUUCAUAACAAAGCUCACAAUCGGACGAGGACCCUCACAUGUGCGGGGACGUGUGCAGAAAUGAUCGUGGCUCACCUCGGCUACUUGAACUACACGAAGUACACAGUGAUUGUGGGAUUUGAACACCUGAAAGUGCCCAUCAAGAAAGUCAACUUCACGUGGAAGACGUACAACCCUGCCUUUUCCCGGCUGGAAAUCUGGUUCCGGUUCGUCUUCGUGGUGCUCACCUUCAUCGUCACUUGCCUGUUUGCGCAUUUCCUCCGCAAGUUCUCCAUGAGGGACUGGGGCAUCGAGCACAGGUGGAUGUCCGUCCUGCUGCCCCUGCUGCUGCUCUACAACGAUCCGUUCUUCCCGCUCUCCUUUCUGGUGAACAGCUGGGUGGUGGGCCCGCUGGACGACCUCUUCCAGUCCGUGUUCCUGUGCGCCCUGCUGCUCUUCUGGCUGUGCGUGUACCAUGGGAUACGGGUGCAGGGAGAAAGGAAGUGUUUGACUUUCUACUUGCCUAAGUUCCUCAUCGUCGGACUGCUGUGGCUGACUUCGGUCACACUAGGGAUAUGGCAGACAGUUAAUGAAUUACAUGACCCGACGUACCAGUAUCGAGUUGACACAGAAAAUUUCCAGGGGGUGAAGGUUUUCUUCGAGGUGGUAGCUGCUGUGUACGUUUUAUACCUCCUUUUCCUGGUAGUGCGGGCCUGCUCUGAGCUUCGCCACAUGCCUUACGUAGAUCUCAGGUUAAAAUUUUUGACUGCAUUGACUUUUGUAGUGCUUAUCAUUAGCAUCGUCAUCUUUUACUUAAGGUUUGGAGCACAAGCGUUACAAGACAAUUUUGUAGCUGAAUUGUCAGCUCACUACCAGAAUUCAGCUGAAUUCUUAUCUUUCUAUGGCUUGCUGAACUUUUACCUCUACACGUUGGCCUUUGUGUACUCGCCCUCGAAGACCGCCCUGUACGAGUCCCAGCUGAAAGACAACCCCGCGUUCUCCAUGCUCAAUGACUCCGAUGACGAUGUCAUCUACGGGAGUGACUAUGAAGAGAUGCCCCUGCAGAAUGGCCAGGCCCUUCGGGCCCAGUACAAGGAGGGGUCGGACAGUGACUGAGCCGCCGGCGGGCCGGCGGGGAGCUUGCUCCACAGUGGCCGCCCUGGCCUGCUUGCACCUGCCUGUGUUCGCACUUGUCUUACAAGCAGAGAUUUCCUGGUCCUUCUUUGUUUACAUAUUUUUGAAAGGGAAACCAAAACUGAGGACAAACUUUAAUGUUGGGCCAAAUUUAUUGUUAGAGUGGUCACGUUUAUUUGGGAAGAGAGGUGCUGAUUUGAGAGGCCAAAUUGUUUUUCAAAGAUUUCAGAUGAGAGCGAGCUUGUUUUCAGUGGUAGGGAGGCGGUUCCUUCUCUUUUUAGUACAGAGAAUUACGCACUUAUUAAAAAAAGUAACUUACCAAUUCCCAGCUCCUGGAAAGUCCUUCGGAACAGGGUGCACAGCCCUGUAGCUCCUUCCACCUGCUGCCCCGGGGUCCUGGCUUCUGACCCCGUAAACCCCCCGGGAAGCCUGCUGCUGCAGCUCCCUCACGAGGGCCAGCCCUCCCCGCUGAGCAGCCUGCGCCCUGGGCCACCAAGCGUCGUAGAUGACCAGACACUCCUGCUGAUGUGAAAUGCAGGAGGAGUGGCUCCUGAGGGAGGUGGCAGGCGGGCAGGUUCCAGCCCUCCCCACAGCCCUCCCCAGCGGAACUGGUGCGCGGGGACCUGUGGAGGGCGCACUAAGGCUCCGGAGGAGAGGGUGAGGUCACUGAGAGGCCGCGGCUCCGUCGGCAAAGGUCUUGCUGCCAUACGGUUUUCCAGGGGUUGUGUGCGCACGUGUGCAUGGGAGUGCGUGAGCGUCGCACGCGUGGAUAUGGGUGGACGUCCCUGUGGUUGGGCUGGGGAAGAGCGCGUCCAGUAAGAGGGCAUUCCUGCCGCUCUGCUACGGGUGAGGCUGAGUAGAGUUUUUUGUUUUUUUAAAUAAAAAGUUAAACAAAUGACUGAUAUAUUAUAGAUUCUUUACUGCCGAAAAGUUUUUGUUUCAUAUUUGGAAACUAGAUGAAAGAAAGCAUUUUAGAUGGUUAAUGGAAGCACAUCUUUGGGUAGAGGUAGCUCGUUGGGCACGUCUCACGUGGUGGCCAGGCGGGCGGGCGGAUCGCGCUGCGGGACAGGAAGUCACGUGGAGCUGCUGUCUGGCAGCUCAGCAGGCCCUGGAGGCUGGGCCGCUCCUCCGGUAUAGACGCUGGUGUGCUGUGCCGUGCCGACAGGCUCAGUAGCGCCUCUCUUUGAACUGUUAACACGUGAUCCCCACAGACAUCCUGCCGGCUGCCCGCUUGGUCUGAGGGGGAGCUGCCCGCUUGGUCUGAGGGGGAUCGUUUCCCUCUGCGAUCUCCACUCUUGGCU